GACCUCGACUUUCAAGCCCAUCAUCAAGCUUUUCAGCACCAGUCGUCGCCAUGGGUAUCGAUCUCGACCGCCACCACGUCAAGGGCACUCACCGCAAGGCCCCCAAGAGCGACAAUGUCUACUUGAAGCUCUUGGUCAAGCUUUACCGCUUCCUGGCCCGCCGAACCGAUGCCGCCUUCAACAAGGUUAUCCUUCGACGACUCUUCAUGUCCAAGAUUAACCGCCCUCCCGUUUCCCUGUCCCGAAUUGUUUCCAACAUCAACAAGGAGGGCGAGAAGCGCACCGUCGUCAUUGUCGGCACCGUCACCGAUGACAACAGACUUCUGUCUUUCCCCAAGACUACCGUCGCCGCUCUUCGAUUCACCGCCACUGCUCGUGCCCGAAUUGCCGCUGCCGGUGGUGAGGCUAUCACCCUUGAUCAGCUCGCUCUCCGCGCCCCUACCGGAAGCAACACCCUGAUCCUCCGUGGACCCAAGAACAGCCGUGAGGCCGUCAAGCACUUCGGCAUGGGCCCCCACAAGCACAAGAAACCCUUCGUCGAGUCCAAGGGACGCAAGUUCGAGCGCGCUCGUGGUCGCAGACGCUCACGUGGUUUCAAGGUCUAAAUUAUGCUGGGAAAAUUGGGCGAGCAUCGGGAUGGAGGUGUUAUUUAUCUCCAGUUUGGUUUUAUUUACGGGACCUAAAGGGAUGGCGUGACUUGAUAUCAUUCAAAGUUAAAAAAUUUCGUGCCUACAAAUGGCCAAUUGACGACCAGCUUGACCAAUUUAUCGUAGCGCUAAAUGUGAUGGUUAAAUGCGUCCA